UCUCCGGGCGGCGCCGCUGCCGCCGCCAAGCGGCCCCCGCGGCCCUAGUGCCCGCCGGACCCCGCCGUCGCCCAGCCCAGGUUUUAGAUCUGCACAAGAACCAAGAUCGAGAACCAUGGCAUCCAUCCCAUCGAGCGGCUCGCUCAUGGCGACGCACAACUACUACAGAAGGCGCCUGAGCUCCACAUCCAGCAACAGCUCCUGCGGCAGCUCAGAGUACUCUGGGGAGGUCAUCCCCCACCCCCCGGGUCUGCCCAAGUCUGACCCCGGCCACUGGUGGGCCAGCUUCUUCUUCGGGAAGACGACUCACCCAGCCAUGACGACCGUGUCGGAGUCCCCGGAGAGCUUGGGAGCGCUGCGGGUGACAACGGGACCGAUGGCAUGUGGCCUGGUGCCAGCCCCGGGAGCAGGACGGAGGCGCCACGCCAGCGAGCCCAGCUCCGGACCCUCGGCAUGAGCGGGUCGGCGACUGCUCCCCACGCCGGCGGGCACAGCCCCUGCCCUGCCUCCCCCCCCCCAAGUAGACAGGCUCCAAGGCAAAGGUGCUGCUUUGUAAUAAAAAAGUGCAGCAAAACCCCGAUGAUUCCCACACCAGCCUUUUUAGUCUUUCUCGACGUAACUAUGCCCUUUCCACCCAGACUUGGUAACACGUUUUAUUUACCUUGUACUCAUACGAUGGCAACUAAUAAACUUGGGCAGCCUUUUAAAA